GCCUAUCGAGACGAUAACAACAUUGGCGAAAACAAAGCACUUUGCGUAUAUUAUAAUUUUUGGCAGUAUUUAUUAUCAAUUCGCUUAAAUAACGUCGCAGUCGCGCAUUAAACCAUCUCUAUAUACCCAAGUUUUGUUCGCCUGUUGCGUGUGUGUGGAAUUUCUUUUGCAUGUUGGAUAAACUAAAGCAAAAGGAAAUCUCUACACUGAGGCAACUACGCAACACCCUGCGACCUCGACACGCAGCCAGUGCAAUAUAUUGAAAUGCAAAACUACGGCGCUGGAGCUGCUGCUGCUGCAGCUCCAGCCGUCAAGCGCCGUACGGACAGCUACGAAGCUGCACAAAACCAUCCACAUACGCCCAGCAGUGGCGAAAACUCGCGCUGCGAAAGCGAUGAUGACUAUGUGAACACAAGGAUCUUGCGGCAGCGUAUGGAACAGCAGUCGACGCCUGUGGUGACAGUGGCGCCAAACAUUGUCACAGCCAGUGUCUCAGCAACGCCAGCAUCAGCCCAGGGUCAUGUCGAGCAGCCGCAGUUUCCAACGGCCACAACCUCUGCAGCGUCAUACAACGAAGAGCGCAUGCGACGCAAGCUGCAGUUCUUCUUUAUGAAUCCCAUCGAGAAAUGGCAAGCGCGCCGAAAGUUUCCCUACAAAUUUGUGGUGCAGAUCGUGAAGAUAAUUUUGGUGACGAUGCAGCUUUGCCUGUUUGCGCAUUCCCGUUACAACCACAUCAACUAUACGUGGGAUAAUCGCAUUGCCUUCUCGCAUCUGUUUCUGAAGGGCUGGGACUCGUCACGUGAAGUUGAGAGCUAUCCGCCUGCCGUGGGACCAUUUGCAUUGUAUGAGAAGUCGGAGUUCUUUAACACGGUCCAGUUUGCUUUGGACGGCUAUGGCAAUGUCAGCCGUUCGAUUGGACCCUACUUCUAUCCCACCGCUAACAAUACGAUGCCACCGUUGACGCUCUGCAUGCAGAACUAUCGAGAGGGCACAAUAUUUGGUUUCAAUGAGUCAUAUAUCUUUGAUCCACAUAUCUAUGAGCUGUGCGAGAAACUGCCGCCAAAUGUAUCCAGCAUUGGAGUCGAGAAAUAUUUAUUAAGUCAAGGCGUGGAGGUGAACUUCGCAUCGCUGGUUACAGCGGAGCUAUCGUUCCAUAUUAAAACCGUGAAUUUUAAGGCCAACUCGGGGGCCUUGUCUGCGCCCGAUUGCUUUAGGUUCGACAUAGCUAUACUGUUUAAUAACCGGGAUCACGACGGCCAAAUGCUGUUGUCACUCGAUGCUGAAGCUACGCGCCUGAAGUGCAAGGGCGACACGGACUUCAUUUCGGAGGCACGAUUCGAUGCCAUAUUGAGGAGCAGUCUCAAUAUCUUUGUGCUCCUGACCUGCGCCCUCUCCUUUGCCCUGUGCACUCGCGCUCUCUGGAGAGCUUACCUGCUGAAGUGCACCACCAAAAACUUCUUCCGCUCUCAUUUCGGCAAGGAACUGAGCUUCGAUGGAGGACUGGAGUUUGUCAACUUUUGGUAUAUUAUGAUCAUCUUUAACGAUGUCUUGCUAAUGAUCGGCUCGGCGCUAAAAGAACAAAUCGAAGGCCGUUACAUGGUUGUCGACCAGUGGGAUACCUGCUCACUGUUUCUGGGCAUUGGCAAUAUGUUGGUGUGGUUCGGUGUGCUACGCUAUUUGGGUUUCUUCAAGACCUACAAUGUGGUAAUACUCACUCUGAAGAAAGCUGCACCGAAAAUUCUACGCUUCCUAAUCGCUGCACUGCUGAUAUAUGCGGGCUUCGUGUUCUGCGGCUGGCUUAUAUUGGGCCCAUAUCAUAUGAAGUUCCGAUCGCUGGCCACAACCUCUGAGUGCCUUUUUGCGCUGAUCAAUGGCGACGAUAUGUUCGCAACGUUUGCGACGCUGUCCAACAAGGCCACCUGGCUAUGGUGGUUCUGUCAGAUCUACCUGUACUCCUUUAUCUCGCUGUACAUCUACGUUGUGCUAUCGCUGUUCAUCGCUGUCAUUAUGGACGCCUACGAUACGAUUAAGACGUACUAUAAGGAUGGGUUUCCCGUCACCGAUCUCAAGGCAUUUGUGGGCACACGCACCGCUCUUGACAUCAGUUCUGGUGUCUUCAUGAACGAUCUGGAUGACUUCGAGCAGACGAGCUUCGUGGAUGUGGUGCGAAACCUGUGCUGCUGCACGUGCUGCAGUCGACGCCAGGAGACAACCCAAGGCAACAGCGGCUACACGAGCCUAUCGAGUAUUAUGAAAUAGUUUGAUUCGCCAUAGAAUUUGCAGGUGUUUGUUUGUUUGUUGUCUUCGUCAUGUCUUUUAGCUUAAUUCAAAUUGUUGUUAGAUUGUUGUGAUUCGAUUUUACUUUUACAUGUUUGCGCCAAAGCUAAGUGCUCAACAAAGAGCCCAAAAGUACGUACCAACAGAAAUUCCAAUUGUCAGCUUCAUUUCUGGCAAAUUACUUUAAAUUCAAAUAAACUUUCUGAUUAAACAAUACGCAAGAUAUUAAAGCACAGCCUACCAAGCAUCUGUAUGUGAUAUAAUACAGAAGAACCAUAGAACCAAUACUAGAACAUGGGAAUUUGAUUAGAAAUGCAACAGGAUCUUCCAUGUGAACAAUACAU